AUGGAGAAUAACGAAACUCAGAACGAUGAGAGCACCGCUCACGGUGACACUUCCUUGCUUGCUCUUGCAGAAAACAUCCUCAAGCAGACCAAAGUCUUUACCAGGUACCUCCAAUCUAACAACCUCGCUGAGCCUACGUUUUCUCCUAGGUCAAGCGAGCCCCCUGCCACGGAGGAGUACCUGGACCUGCAGAGUAGCCUGCGAACGUCUAUAGAAGACCUCCAGCGGUUAGUCGACGGCCCGAGGAGGUUUCUGCGGUCAUGUCUGGGCAUGGGAUAUGAUAUUGCAGCCUUUCAGAUUGCUCUAGACUUCGGUUUCUUCAAGAUCGUACCGCCGGAUGGAGACAUUUCCAUUAAUGAUUUAGCGAACAAGGCGAGCCUGGACUUGGAUCGGGUUAGUCGAGUCGUGCGUCUGUUGAUAACCCAUCGUAUAUUCCAGGAGAAACGACCGGGUUAUAUAUCACAUAGCACGAGUUCUCUUGUCUUGCUGGAGGAUGAGGAAGUGCGGAGUGCCGUGCAUUACACAUUCGAUGAGAUGCUGAAAGGAAUUGCGGAGACAAGCAAUAGUCUUCGAAAAUAUCCUUCUGAAUCAGACAGUACCCAUUGUCCCUUCCAUACAACACACGGGCUUCCACUCUAUCAAUAUUAUGCCAGAUAUCCGGACAAAGCUGCGCGCUUUGCAAAAGCCAUGGCCGGAGUGACUAGGAUGGACCGCCAUAUUACAGUAUUGCGAGACUGCUUCUCCUGGGGAGAGCUCAAAGGUACAGUUGUCGACGUUGGUGGUGGGAGUGGCCAUAUAUCGAUGUCUCUAGCUCGAGUGUUCCCACACCUCAACUUCGUUGUACAAGACGGUUCAACCGACAUGCUUGCUGAAGGCCGCGCAAUCCUUACGGACGAUGUUAGGGGACGCAUUACUUUCACGCAACACAGUUUCUUCGAGCCACAGCCGCCACGGGAGGACGAUCCCGCAGUAGCGUACCUACUCCGCCAAUGCACACAUAAUUGGUGUGAUAGAGACGUUGUGACCAUGUUCCGGUCUCUUGUUUCCGGACUAGAGUCUUCCGGGCCAGCUACGCCGCUGUUGAUCAAUGAUAUCAUCAUGCCCGAGCCCGGUGAGAGCUGGCCACGGCUGCUGGAACGGGAUAUACGGCAGGUUGAUAUGAUCGUGCUAGUUAACUGCGGCGGCAAACAGCGCACUAAGACAGAGUUUGAAGCAUUACUAAGAGAAGCGGACGCACGAUACAAAAUCCACAAAGUGCAUGCAACUGGUCCACUAGGAUUGUUGGAGGUAUAUCUGAGGCAUUGA